AUGGAUCUUGCUAUCGCUAAUUAUGGUACAAACAAUGUUCGUAUACUACUUGCAACUAGUAACAGUACUUUCGCUAGUCAAAUCACGUAUUCAACUGGUCCGAAUUCCCAUCCAUAUUCGCUUGCUGCUGGUCAUUUAAACGACGACAACAUACUAGAUAUCGCGGUCACCAACUAUGGAAAUAACAGUGUAGGUAUACUUCUGGGUCGCGGUAAUGGGACUUUUAUGAGCCAAACGACAUAUUUCCUCGGUGGUGUUUCUCCAUAUUCUAUUGGCAUUGGUGACUUCAACAAUGACAAUCGAAUGGAUUUAGUCGUAAGCAAUAAUGGUACUGAUAAUAUAGCUCUACUUGUCGGAUAUGGCAAUGGUACUUUUGCAAGUCCAAAAAUGUAUUCAACUGGAUCCUUUUCAUCAAUCUCCAUUGCUAUAGGUGAUCUAAACAGCGACAAUCGUUCAGACAUUGCUUUCAUCAACAAUGAUACAAGCACCACAGGUAUCAUGCUUGGUUAUGACGAGUUUUUUCCCAUUCAAACGACGUAUUCGAGUGGUAUUUCGCCAUACUAUGUAGCUCUGGAUGAUAUUAAUAACGAUAUCCAACUGGAUAUCGUCGUCGCUAAUAGGGAUAGCAACACCGUAAGUGUAUUUCUCGGAUAUGGAAAUAGCUCUUUUGCAAAUCAAACGACAUAUUCAACUGGCUCUAAACCAGUAUCUGUAGCUAUCGGUGACUUUAACAACGACGCCCGACUGGAUAUCGUCGUUGCUAAUAAUGAUGACAACACUACAAGUGUACUUCUAGGCUUUGGAAAUGGCUCUUUUGCAAAUCAAACGAAAUAUUUAGCUGGCUCUUGGCCACAGUCUGUAGCUGUCGGUGAUUUUAACAACGACAGUUAUCUGGAUAUCGUCGUCGCUAAUUUUGGUGACAACACUAUAGGUGUACUUCUAGGAUAUGGAAAUGGCUCUUUUGCAAAUCAAACGACAUAUUCAACUGGGUCCGAGCCACAGUCUGUAGCUGUUGGUGAUUUUAAUAACGACGCCCAACUGGAUAUCAUCGUUGCUAAUUGGGGGGGCAAUACUAUAAGUGUACUUCUCGGAUAUGGCAAUAGUUCUUUUGCAAAUCAAACGACAUAUUCAACUGGCUCUUUCCCAUACUGUGUAGCUGUAGGUGAUUUUAACAAUGACACCUAUCUGGAUAUCGUCGUCGCUAAUUCGGGUGAUAACACUAUAAGUGUACUUCUCGGAUAUAGAAAUGGCUCUUUUGCAAAUCCAACGACAUAUUCAACUAGUUCUAAACCAUUAUCUGUAGAUCUUGAUGAUUUUAACAAUGACACCCGAUUGGAUAUCGUCACCGCUAAUUUUGGUAACAACACUAUAAGUGUGCUUCUCGGAUAUGGCAAUGGAUCUUUUGAAAAUCAAAAAACAUAUUCAACUGGCUCUGCGCCACAGUCUGUAGCUAUUGGUGAUUU